CUGUCAGUCAAAGUCUGAGUCUUUACUCUGUCUGUGCCCUGCUCAACAUCAACAAGAACCAAAGUACUGCUGAACACGAGUAUUCCUUUUACUGCUGCUGCUGGAUGUGUGAGCUUUGCUGAGGUGAAAAUGAAGUGCUCCCUGGGGAUCUGUCUGGUGUUCUGCUCCGCUCUGAUCGGACUGGGAUCAGCCAUCCGCUGCUUCAGCUGUAAGGACUACACAGCCAGCUGCUCCAAGCAGAGAGAGUGUAGCUAUGACGACGCCUGUCUCACACUCAGCGAGAGAGGUGGAAUGACUUACCGUCAGUGUCUGAAGUAUUCAGACUGUGAGUAUGGCCGCCUGGCCCAGAUGUUCCCCCAGGUUUCCAGUUUCACCUUCAAGUGCUGCAACUCUGGCCUGUGUAACUCCGCCCCCUCCUCUGCAGCGAGCUCUGUGAUUGGUCUGCUGACCUCAGCGGCAGUCAUGUGGUGGUGCAUCCACUGAAGAGUGCUGCAGCUCUACGGCGCCCCCUGUGGCUGAAACAUGUAACAAGAGCUUCUUUAACAGUCUGAUCAAUAUACUCAAUCUGAUCAAUACAUUCAGUCUUCUGAUCAAUACAUUCAGUCGUCUCAUCAAUAUAUUCAGUCUGAUCAAUACAUUCAGUCGUCUGAUCAAUAUCUUCAGUCUGAUCAAUACAUUCAGUCUUCUGAUCAAUACAUUCAGUCGUCUGAUCAAUACAUUCGAUCUGAUCAAUACAUUCAGUCUUCUGAUCAAUACAUUCGUACUGAACGCUUAUCACAGAUCAAUAUUUAUGUGUAAAGAAAUAUUUUCCUGCUGAUUGAUUGAUUGAUUGAUUGAUUAUUAAAAGAUUGAUGAAACCAUAGUAACACACUAUUUGUAUCAGCUGUUUUACAGGAAACUGAACCUCUAACUACACGGCCUUCAAAAUAAAAUGUAACUGAAACGUUCUUCUGUGACUUGAGAUGUAAACGAUCUGAAGCUCUUUAACUUUUGUCUGUGAAUUAAAUCAAUAAAUGGAGACAAACUGGAAA